AUGGCCAAGCCUCCAUCGUCCCGUGGCACCCUGCCUCAGAUCGAUGGCAGACUUGCUUCGGCCAUCCCGCGGCACGAUCCGACAUGGGAGUUUCUUCGGAUGGCUCGUGAGCCCAUUCGUCAACUCGACUUGAGGCUCAAGCUCUCUCCCGGCACCGUCCCUGGCUUGUUCAAUCCGCAUCGUGCUGAGCAUGCAUGCGAUGACAAUCCAGACAGUGGCCUCGGCCACAUGCUUCCCCACGCAGACUCUGCGCCCAAAGCCAAACUGCCCAGCAGGCAACGGCUCGCCCCUCCCACCCUCGGCUGUUGGGAGGAAUCUGUCCGGGUCAAACUCGUCCACAUUGCUGUAGACUCUGCUGUCAUGCGGCAUGGCUCUCGCGCUGGCAUACACGAGUGA